CUGCGGAGAUCUCUUCGUGGGGAGGGGCGCGCAAGGGGGCCAGGUGGGCAAGGACGCUGCAAGAGGAGGGAGGCGGAAUCGGCAUCCCCAGCCGCUGCACCUCUGCUAGAGUGAUUCCCCUUGACAUUCUUUCUUCAAGACUCCUUCCUUCGCAUCAGCACAACAUCUUGGUGCAGCACAGCUCCUAGUGUGUAGCUUCCUAGUGUUGCUGUUCCCCAGCUGCUGACGGGGAGGAUCAGGUCCCCAAAGAAGAAAGAUGGAGGUACGGGACUUGCCUAGAUCCCAGGCAGAAAAGAGAGCGCCAGUGAGGGAAAGUGUAACUGUAGCAACACGGGAAUAUCUGAAGGGUUUCACUACAUCUCAGAUUAAGCAAGAACCAGAAGAGGGGCUGGACUUGUUGUGUGAGAUCCAGAAAAGAGAAACUCUGAGGGCUCCAUAUUUGGAUGGAAGAAACUCUCCAUCUUCUCAGUCCUCACCAGAGAAUAACACUAGGCCGACUUUUAGCAGAAAGGCCGAUCUCCAUCAACGGUCCUUUGGAGGAAAAGCUGCAUCCGAAGCCUUGCCAGGCCUGGGCUGCAUGGAAGUUCCUGAAUUUUAUAAAGGCCUGGAUUCCCCAGUGGAAGUGAAGGAAGAGCUGGUGGAGGAGGGCAAGCUCAGCGUGGCGUUAAGAUGCCAACGCUUCCGGCAGUUUCGUUAUGAGGAAGCUGAAGGGCCUCAGAAAGUGUUUGGUCAACUCUGGGACUUCUGCUGCCAGUGGCUGAAGCCGGAGCGUCACUCUAAGGAGCAAAUCCUGGAGCUGGUGAUCUUGGAGCAGUUCCUGAUGAUCCUGCCGCUGGAAAUGCAGAACUGGGUUCGGGAACAGUGUCCGGAGAAGGGGAGCCAGGCGGUGGCUUUGGCCGAGGACUUCCUUCGGAGGCUGCCACAAGGAGAUGAGCAGAGGGAAGAUCUGGCAGACUUGCCUGAUGAGCCUUCCCAUUCUGAACUGGAACUGUUGGAUAUUGUGAAAGUUGAGGUCCUCAUGGAUGGAGACAGAAGCUCCGAUCGUCAAGAGUACUGCCUCGGAGAAGUGACAGACUUGCCCAAGGGAAUGUACAGCAACAGGAGGAUGAAGGCCACUUUUGACUCUCCUCCAAGGAGCCAGAAAGUCCCACUGAAGGAAAAACUGCACAAAUGCCAGUAUUGUGGGAAGCUCUUCGACUUCAGCUCCCACCUGAUUAUUCACGAGCGAACCCACACAGGGGAGAAACCCCACAGAUGCUCAGAGUGUGGGAAAAGCUUCAUCCAGAAGGAAUCUCUGAUUAUCCACGAGAGGUGUCAUAUCGGGGAGAAGCCCUACAAAUGCUCAUUGUGUGGCAAAACCUUCAGUGAUAAAAUCAGGCACCUCAUCCACGAGAGAAUUCACACCAGGGAGAAGCCGUACAAAUGCUCCGAGUGCGGGAAGAGCUUUGGCACUCGCUGCAACCUCCUGAGGCACCGGAGAGUUCACACGGGCGAGAAACCGUACCGUUGCUCAGACUGCGGCCAGAGUUUCCGAUACAGACCGCAGUUAGUGAUCCACGAGGGAACCCACAAAGGGGAGAAGGCUUAUAAAUGUGCAGACUGUGGAGAAACCUUCAGUCAGAUGCGGCAUCUGGUGAUACAUAAAUGGACUCACACAGGAGAGAGGCCUCACCAAUGUGCCUUCUGCAGCAAAAGUUUCAAUCAAAGGUCAGAUCUUGUUGUGCACACGAGGACCCACACUGGGGAAAAGCCGUAUGUCUGCUCCGAUUGUGGGAAGAGUUUCAUUUCAAGUUGCCAGCUGAGGAAGCACGAGAGAAUUCACACUGGGGAGAAACCGUACCAGUGCACAGAGUGCGGGAAAUGCUUCACUUACAGUUAUCAUUUCACAACACACAAGCGGAUACACACGGGCGAGAAACCUUACCAGUGCCCGGAUUGUGGGAAAUGUUUCAUUUCUAGUUCUCACUUCGCCACCCAUAAAAGGACGCAUACUGUCGAGAAGCCCUACCAGUGUACCUUCUGCGGGAACAGUUUCAUUCAGCGAUUGCAGCUUGCCAAACAUGAGAGGUUGCACACGGGAGAGAAGCCCUUCAUCUGUCCUGAAUGCGGGAAGAGCUUCCCGCAGAGCCAAGGGCUUAAAAAGCACAUGCGGACUCACACUAGCGAGAAAUCAUAUGGUUGCCCCGAAUGCAAGAAAAUGUUCUCUAGUUCCUUUAAUCUGUCCAGGCAUCAGAAAAUCCAUGCCCGGGAGAAGCUAUAAUGAGGCACUCUAGACAAAAGACAGUAAGGCGAUCGGAGUAGCUAGAUACAGAUAGUCCUUGCUCGAAGUGACAAUCAACAUGAAGAAGGGGGUUGCAACCUAGAUUCAGAGUUCUGACGGACGUGCCCCCUCCAUGGCCCCUGGGCAAACCAUCAAUUUGCUUAAGAACCACAAUGUUUACUUAAUGAUGGCAGGUUUUGCUUAAUAAAUGUGGUGAUUUACUUAACAACUGCCAUGAAUGGGUUCGUAACAUCGGGUUGGUCAUCUUCUAUGACUGUUGUGACAUGAUUGUAACGGGCAGGCUCUGAGCCUGGUGGCGCAAUGGUUAAUGCAAUACGGCAGGCUACUUUUGCUGCCUGACGGCUGCCUGCA